UGCUGUACCAAAUGCAAGCAACCAGGACAUAAAUCGAUGCGUUCUCCUCUGUGUCCUCAACAUGUAUUAUCAAAGGCAGAGGUUUUUCAACAUCAUUUGGGAAGUAAUUACAAGGCGUUUACAAGAAGGUUGCCUCUUGAUAACUGUGUUUUUGGUGACUAUCGCAACGCAUUCAAGUCAAAAGCUGUUGAAGCUUGUUCUGUUAUUCGCAACUUGGUUCUUAGAGCGAAGCUCUUUGUGAAUUAUUACGUCUUG